CACACAGACAGACAGUCAGGCACCUUAAGAGAAAGACAGAGAGAGUAAACCCCAGUGGCAGCAGGCAGCUCCCCGGAGCCUGGGCUGCUCGGCUCCUCCAUUCCGUCAACCACAGUGCUCCAUGAGGAGGUUUUUCAGCAUGGUGCUACGCAGCCUGGACAGCGCCUCCAAAGGCAGGCCCUGGCUGCAGAAGAGAGCACGGACGAAGGGGAAAGAAGAGAAGUUGAAGGCACAACACGGGCCGGCUAAGAUGAUUUUGACUGUGUUUCUGAGUGAUAACCAACAGCUGCUCACCGAGGUGCCCAUUACUCCAGAGACGCAGUGUAAAGAUGUGGUGGAGUUCUGUAAAGAAGCUGGAGAGACUGGCUGCCACCUUGCUGAGGUCUGGAGAGGCAAAGAGAGAGCAAUACCCAUGGAUCAACUGAUAUUCGAGCACCUAAGGAAAUGGGGCCAGAGGCGACAGGAAGUGAAGUUUUAUUUACGUCACGAAGAGUCUCCCAUCGCAAACAUUGCUCAAGCAGGAGAUCCAACUUCAGAAGUGGCCAACAGGAAGAGCGGGGGGAGUUCAGAUAAACCCUGCAAGAACAGGGUGGGGAAUCCUCGUGUGGAGUUAACGCUGUCAGAACUGCAGGAGAUGGCGAUGAGACAGCAGCAGCAGAUCGAAGCUCAGCAGCAGAUGCUGAUUGCUAAGGAGCAGCGCUUGCAUUACCUGAAGCAGGGUCCCCGUCAGGGCCAUUCGGUGGCUGAGAGUGAGAAACUUCAGAGGUUAAGAGAAAGAGUGGAUAGUCAGGAAGCCAAACUCAAGAAAGUCCGUGCCAUGAGGGGCCAGGUGGACUACAGCAAGCUCAUCAAUGGCAACCUGUCUGCAGAAAUCGAGCAUGUUAGCAGCUUGUUCCAGGAAAAGCAGUCGGAGCUGCAGUCGGCAAUGCUGAAGGUAGAUCACCUCACACAGCAGUUAGAUGGUCUUCGACGGGGACGACUCAAUGGGCUGCCGGGAGGACCGGUGACCACCAAUGCUGCGCUGGAACUCCGUAAACUUUACCAGGAACUGCAGAUCCGGAACAAGCUAAACCAGGAACAGAACAGCAAGGUACAGCAACACAAGGAUGUGCUUAACAAGCGUAACAUGGAGGUGACCAUGAUGGAUAAGCGUAUCGGGGACCUCAGAGAGCGACUCUACAAGAAAAAAGCAGAGCUCGGGCGAAUAAGUGGCCCUCCCUCCCCUCAGUCCACUUCAGGGACCUCUGGGCGGGUGGCAGCAGUUUGUCCGUACAUCCAGGUCCCGGUGCCCGGGCGUCAGAAAGGAGGCUACACUUUACCUCCAGAUCCUUUGAAACAGCAAUGUCUCACCGCCACAGUCAACCAUGCUCGCUCGAAGUCAGACGAAGAAAGGGUGAGGAUGCCUGCAGGCUCAUGGAAGGUUUCAGACUUAGACAUCAUAGUGGACCCCCUGGUGUCAACCUCAGACUCUAGAGAGGGGUCCGAGGGCCCCACAGACUCCGACUGUACUUCCUCUAAUGAUGCAAACUGGCCCUCCUUCAGCAAUAACAGGGUUCAUCUGAAGCCUCCAGACUCGACGGUCACAAGUCAAGAUCCAACCAGCAAGAUGGGUACCUCAGACAAGGAAGCCCCUAAGCUUUUAGGGACAGUAACGGCAUUGUCUAAGCAGCCUCCACCCAUCUAUGGCACGUAUCCCAGUGCAGGUCACCACUCCACAGUCUGUGCCACCAGCUCUUUGCCUCGCUCUGCUCCUGGCACCUUAGGCUGGCAGAGAGCACCCCCUGCCUCUGGUUCCUCCUCACAGCAGAUACAACAGAGGAUAACAGUGCCUCCCACUCCCGGUUCAUCCCUCUUCCCUCAAGGUGAAAGGACGGAGCCUCCUCUGGCUGUGGCGGUGCGUCCUUUUAUUCUAGACCGAGGGUCUCGCCCCCAGUCUCCACGGAAGGGUCCUGCCACAAUGAACUCUAGCUCCAUAUACAACAUGUACCUGCAGAACCCUACGAUUAAAAACUACUCCAGCAGUAGCAGAGCUACUGUCAAAGCUGUAUAUGGAAAACCAGUCCUACCAGGUUCCACAUCUCCUUCUCCAGUUCCCCUAUACCAGCAGAGCUCCAAAGAUGAGGUGGACAGAGAAGUGGACCAAGAGAGCGCUCCCCUACCUCCACCUAGCGUGGACAAUAUCCCUCGCCCUCUGAGCCCCACUAAACUGACCCCGGUGGCUCAUUCCCCUCUCCGUUACCAAAGUGACAUAGAUCUAGAGGUGCUGAGAAGGAAAUUAUCCAACGCCCCACGGCCACUAAAGAAGCGAAGCUCCAUCACAGAGCCUGAAGCACCUAGUGGACCUAACAUCCAGAAGCUUCUAUAUCAGCGAUUUAAUACCCUUGCAGGAGGCAUUGAGGGUGGAGUGAUUGGGACACCUUUUUUCCAGCCUGACAGUCCUCUUGGCUAUAUGGCUACAGCCCUGGGUCAUGGGGACACUGUUAAUAUGAGCUUGAUAGAGUCGAGUAUGUUAGCUAGGCCUUCAGCAGAGCCAGCUAACCCAAACCCUCCUACCACCACUUCUGCGUCUCCUACUGCUGAUGCCAAUGAAAACCUGCUGACACAUCCAGUCAGUGACUCAGUCGGUACUCAGUCUGCUGAUACCUCAGGUCUUGCUAUUACAGACACCCCUGAGGACAAUCAUAACAACAACCACACAAAUGGACCUGACACACAACCUAGCCCGAUACCAGACCCUCAUUCCUCUGCAGAGCAGGAGACCACUGUGCUUUCGGGCACCCCGUGUGGUAUAUCACCGGUCAAACGUACCAACUUGAAGAAGCCUGGCUCUGAGAGGACUGGUCAUGGCCUGAGGGUCAAGUUCAAUCCUCUUGCUUUGCUUUUGGAUGCAUCUCUGGAGGGCGAGUUUGAUUUGGUGCAAAGAAUUAUCUACGAGGUUGAAAAUCCCAGCACUCCAAAUGAUGAGGGUAUUACCCCUCUCCAUAAUUCAGUAUGUGCAGGUCACCACCAUAUUGUGAAGUUCCUGCUGGACUUUGGAGUAAAUGUCAAUGCAGCGGAUAGUGAUGGAUGGACGCCACUGCACUGUGCAGCCUCAUGCAACAAUGUUCACCUCUGCAAGCUACUGGUGGAGUCCGGAGCUGCAAUUUUUGCAACUACUAUCAGCGACGUGGAAACGGCCGCAGACAAGUGCGAAGAAAUGGAGGACGGUUACGUCCAGUGCUCACAGUUUCUAUACGGUGUGCAGGAGAAGUUGGGCGUGAUGAAUAAAGGAACGGUAUAUGCCCUAUGGGACUAUGAAGCUCAGAGUGCAGAUGAGCUGUCAUUUCGUGAAGGCAACGCUCUUACCGUGAUGAGUCGCAGGGAUGACAGCGAGACUGAGUGGUGGUGGGCCAGGCUUAAUGACAAGGAGGGCUAUGUACCGCGCAACUUGUUAGGGCUAUACCCAAGGAUCAAACCCAGGCAACGUUCCUUGGCAUAGAUGGCAAAGGGACAGUGCAAGCUGUCCCUUGGCAUAUACCUGCAGGAUGGAGCUCUGCCCCGUCUUUGCACUUCACCACAACACAGACGUCGCAAGAUGAUGGAGCACGUCUGGAGUCGGAAAAGACGGAUUUGCCUGAGAGCGGGGAAUUCAGCGGUCUUCCAUUUGCAUCCCAGAUUUUAUUCGUCACUUUGAUGUGUUGUUUUUGCAGUGUCCCUCUUACUCUGUUGAGGACGUGUUAGCUUUUCUGUCCUCUCCCAGAGCGUUAACCUCCUGAGCGUUUCGUAUGUGUGUGCGGAUGUAUGAGAGCAGGAUGUGGCCGUCAUUAGGACGUGAAUGGGAUGAUAAGGGUUCGUGUGCAGUCGGGGAUUCAAGGGUAUGUGCUCUGUGGUUAUAAUCAGGUGGAGAGAAAACCAAAGGCAGUGAUCUUUCAUUUCCCAUGGUUAGGAAGUUGCUGAUUCAGAGGAAAGGAAGGAAAAUGCUAGAAAGUGAUUACAAAGAGACCUUGAGGCUGGUCAAGCUACCGUUGGAUAAGGAAAUGGCCUGGUCUGGAAAUGUGAAUAUUUUUGUAUGUGGAGGACUAUGUGUGCCCGAGGAGGUAAAGUUGUAUAGUCGUAAGUUUUCGAAGAAUGUUUUCAGAAAAGUUAUGCCGUAUAGAAGUAUUGCAGUGGCGAUCUUUCCAUCAAACAAGGGGAUAUUGACAACAUUUCACAUAAUCCUGUAUGCUUCCAUAAAUAAGGAAAUGUUUUGAGCUACAUGAUAUUUUCCCAUUUAAGGAUUGUUUAUUUAACUAAGAUUUAAAAAAGAAAUUCUUACUGUCGAGGGUUGUCAAAACAGGCAGACUGCCUAGUAUUUGUGCUGCCAUAUGAUAGCCAUUAAUGCAACUUGCAAUAAAACAAUAAAAAUUUCCAUAUUGGGACAAACACA